CCGAAAAUUCCGAAAAAAUCGGAAUCGGAAUCGAUUCUUGAAUUCCGAAAAAAGGGAAUUGGACACCGUCCCCUCCCCAAUUUCUUCCACCAACACACCCCGUUCUGGAAACCCUAAAAGUUCUUCGUCCAGAGGAAGAUAAUUUUCUAGGUUUCUACCGCCUCUCUGCGGAUUCUUGCACAUCGGCUGCUUAUUACGAGAUUAAGAAAUGCUGGGUGAUUUGCCAAUAUUGCCCCUUCCGGCACCACCUACUGAUGGGAAUCUUGGCCCGUUACCACCCGCUCAAGUGGUUGAGGACUCGAUUGAUGAAGAUCAGAUGAAUGUUGACGAUAACUCCAACUCAGCUCCAGCAUCUGUAGCAACACAUACAAGGACUAUAGGAAUUAUUUACCCCCCUCCGGACAUCAGAAAUAUUGUAGACAAAACUACUCAGUUUGUGGCGAAGAAUGGACCAGAGUUUGAGAAGAGAAUUAUUAUAAGCAAUGAUGGAAAUGCAAAAUUCAACUUCUUACGUUCCUCUGAUCCUUACCACGCGUAUUAUCAGCACCGUCUAGCUGAAGCACGGGCUCAAAAUCAGUCUUCUUCCCAGCAGCAGCCUGGCGAGCCUGUUCCUGAUUCAGCUCUUACUGCUGCAACCGCUGAUACAAGUGAUGCUUCAGAUAAGCCCGAUCCUGCAGCCCAAUUCCGACCUGUUCGUAAGGUUCUUGAGCCACCGGAGACAGAGCAAUAUACUGUUCGACUUCCUGAAGGGAUUACAGGGGAGGAGCUGGAUAUGAUUAAGCUUACUGCUCAGUUUGUGGCCCGUAAUGGUAAAUCAUUUUUGACUGGUUUGACAAGUAGAGAGAGCACUAACCCUCAGUUCCAUUUUCUGAGGCCAACACACAGUAUGUUCAUGUUCUUUACAUCGCUUGCUGAUGCAUAUUCUAAAGUACUGAUGCCUCCUAAAGGGUUGACCGAUAAGCUCAGAAACAGUGUUGCUGACUUGACAACUGUCCUCGAGCGCUGUUUGCAUCGCCUUGAGUGGGAACGGUCACAAGAACAGGCUAGGCAGAAAGCUGAAGAUGAGAUAGAGCAGGAGAGAAUGCAGAUGGCUAUGAUUGAUUGGCACGAUUUUGUUGUGGUGGAGACAAUAGACUUUGCUGAUGAUGAGGAUGAGGAUUUACCGCCUCCAAUGACACUCGAUGAAGUUAUAAGGAGAAGCAAGAUGUCCACAAUGGAAGAAGAAGAUAUUAUUGAGCCUGGGAAGGAGGUAGAAAUGGAUAUGGAUGAAGAAGAGGUCCAACUGGUUGAGGAGGGUAUGAAGGCAGCUAGCCUGGAAGAUAAUGGUGAUAUGACGAAUAACGAAGCCAAACCUACUCCAGAAGAGCACGAGCCACCCAUGAGAAUUGUGAAAAAUUGGAAGAGGCCAGAGGAUAGAAUCCCAGCUGAAAGAGAUCCUACUAAGUAUGUUGUCUCUCCGAUUACUGGAGAGCUCAUUCUCAUCAAUGAAAUGUCUGAACACAUGAGAAUUUCUCUUAUUGAUCCCAAGUAUAAGGAGCAGAAAGACAGGAUGUUUGCCAAGAUAAGGGAGACAACCCUUGCAGCAGAUGAUGAAAUUUCUAGGAACAUUGUGGGGCUUGCAAGAACCCGUCCUGAUAUUUUUGGCACUACAGAAGAAGAGGUUUCUAAUGCUGUCAAAGCCGAGAUUGAAAAGAAGAAAGAUGAGCAACCAAAACAGGUUAUAUGGGAUGGUCAUACUGGAAGUAUUGGCCGUACAGCAAACCAGGCCAUGUCUCAAAGUACUGGUGGUGAGGACCUAAACGAUGCUUUGGUCAAUGAUGGUAGGGGCCUUCCCGGUCCAGCACCUCCUCCUCCCAGGCCUGGUAUGCCAUCAAUUAGGCCAUUGCCUCCACCUCCUGGUCUUGCCUUGAAUAUACCGAGGCCUCCCGCAAUGGUCCAAUAUUCUAACUCAGCUAGUGGUGGGAUCAUUGCACCACCUCCCGGGCCUCCAGUUAUUAAUAUGAUUCCUUCUAUUCGCCCGCCACCUCCUUCGAUGCCAAUGAUGCACGGACAACAUCUUAUGGCCAAUCGUCCUCCAAUGCCGCCACCCAGUAUCCCGGUUCCACCACCACCCGGAUCCCAGUUUACCCCUUUAGGUAGCCAUAGGCCUUUUCUUCAUGUUCCUAUGUCUCACCAAGGUAUGCCUAUGGUUCCUCCACCACCUAUGCUCCAAGGCAUGCCUCCACCUCCACCCGAGGAGGCUCCUCCACCUCUACCUGAAGAACCGGAGCCCAAGAGGCAAAAGCUUGAUGACUCUAUGCUCAUUCCUGAAGACCAAUUCUUGGCACAGCAUUCGGGUCCUGCUCGUAUCAGUAUAUCUGUGCCAAAUGUCGAUGAAGGAGAUCUGAAAGGGCAACUACUGGAGAUUACUUUACAAUCCUUGUCUGAGACAGUUGGCAGUUUGAAAGAGAAAAUCUCUGCUGAGAUCCAGCUUCCUGCAAACAAACAGAAGCUGAGUGGCAAAGCUGGUUUCCUCAAGGACAAUUUAUCGCUGGCAUAUUACAAUGUUGGACCUGGAGAGGCGCUGUCUCUUUCUCUUAGAGAACGUGGUGGUAGAAAGAGAUGAAUUCCACUUAAGUCGUGAAUUCUCUUAAAGGUUAAUGGUGGUUCUUAUUAUGAUGUUCUCAGACAAUAUUGUUUUCAUUUCAUUCUACUUAGGUUAAUGAUGGUUUUGUACUUUUAAACGUUUAAUAUCUUAUGCUACUCAAUAUGAUAUCUACUGUAGAUCUGGCAUGUUGGUGAUUGUCGCUUGGGGUAUCUGGUAGUUAUCCGGUUCUACGCCCAACGAGCAUUGCUUAACUUAGAUGGCUGAUUCAUUGCUUUUAUUUUAUGUGUGCAGUCUCUUCCUUGGUCCACUGAUGUGACUUUGGAACGGACUGUUGAAGUUUGUGCUCCAGAGUAUUUCUUGUUUUUUCGAGUAGAUUGACUUGUGUUAAUCUUUAUACAGUCGAUACCUUCUAAAUCUAUUUUUAACUUUUUAUGUAUUGUUCUAGGGGUAUCUUGAAGCUUUGCUUACACGGUUACACCUGUCUUAUUUUGUUCAGUUGGUUUGUGGUGGUUGAGGUUAUCAAAGAUUCUUUUUGUUUCUCACAACAGCUAUGUUCCUUGUCUGGAAUUGAAUAUAUUGUUGGGACCAUUAGGUAUUGAAAAAUACUGUUCAAAGAGUCCAAGCAGCUUGGCUUGGAAUUGUACAGAGCGGAGACUGCUUAUCCAUUCCUGGGGUUGGGAUUUUUUUGUAUCUGUGUUUAUUAACUUUUUAUGGUUCAUCUUCUUCACAGAUCUUGGUAUCAAUUUUUAAGUAUA